UUCGCUUCUCGAAGAAAUCAAGAGAGACGACGAGGUGGUUUGGAUUUUGUACGAAGAGAGGUCUCUCGGGUAAAAUCUCGGCUGCUAUUUUGGCGCGAUUUUCACUCUUUAUUUUCUCGGUUUUCUUUUUCUUCUUCAGUUCUUCUUGAUCAAUUGGUCUCCUGCCAGCGCCCGUUUCUUACAAAAAAA